UUUAUUCUGAGGAAGGGAGAGAUUUGGAACACUAUUACUAUUGGUUGUAUUGAAUAAAGCUUCCAAAUUAAAUAGAAUGACAUUAGAAUUUAGAACCGAAAUCAUAAUUCAUAAAAAAAAGAAUAUUUCUGAUUUCCCCGGCGCCGCCUUGCCCCGCAAGAAAAUCUCCUCAUAUAUAAAGCUCCCGAGUUCAAAGUUCAAACACCUCUCAUAAGUCAUUACAAGCGCAGUUAGUUUAGUUAGUUAAAGGAGGACUCUCCAAUAUUCGAAUAGCAUAAACCCUAACACUCGAUGGCGGUUGCCGGCGACGCCGCUCCUCUUGGUUCGUCGGUCAUCUCGCUCGUCAACCGUCUCCAAGACAUCUUCAGCCGCGUCGGGAGCCACUCCGCCAUCGACCUCCCUCAGGUCGCGGUGGUCGGCAGCCAGAGCAGCGGCAAGUCCAGCGUCCUCGAAGCUCUCGUCGGCCGCGACUUCCUACCUCGCGGCAACGAAAUCUGCACGCGCCGCCCCCUCGUCCUCCAACUCGUCCGAACCGAACCCUCUCAGGACGAGUUCGGCGAGUUCCUCCACUUGCCUGGCCGCAAGUUCCACGACUUCUCACAAAUCCGCUCCGAAAUUCAGGCUGAAACUGAUAGGGAAGCUGGAGGGAACAAAGGUGUAUCGGAUAAGCAGAUUCGUUUGAAGAUUUUUUCUCCGAAUGUGCUUGACAUCACGCUCGUGGAUCUCCCUGGAAUUACCAAGGUUCCCGUUGGUGACCAGCCUUCGGAUAUUGAGGCUCGAAUUAGAACCAUGAUCAUGUCUUAUAUCAAAACUCCAACCUGUCUCAUUCUCGCGGUUACGGCGGCGAAUUCGGAUUUGGCCAAUUCGGAUGCUCUUCAGAUGGCAGGAAUUGCCGAUCCUGAUGGUAACAGAACCAUUGGUGUCAUCACAAAGUUGGAUAUCAUGGACAGAGGUACUGAUGCGCGGAAUCUGUUACUAGGCAAAGUUAUUUCCCUCCGACUGGGUUACGUGGGUGUUGUGAAUCGUAGUCAAGAGGAUAUUCUAAUGAACCGAAGUAUAAAGGAUGCUCUUGUUGCCGAAGAGAAGUUUUUCCGCAGUCAUCCUAUAUACAGUGGCCUAGCGGAUAGUUGCGGUGUUCCUCAAUUGGCAAAAAAGUUGAACAAGAUUCUUGCACAACAUAUCAAGGCUGUGUUACCAGGGUUGAGAGCACGAAUAAGCGCUUCACUAGUCACCCUUGCCAAAGAACAUGCAAGCUAUGGAGAAAUUACAGAGUCCAAGGCUGGACAGGGUGCUCUUCUCCUGAAUAUUCUUUCAAAAUACUGUGAUGCAUUCUCCUCCAUGGUAGAGGGAAAGAAUGAGGAGAUGUCUACAUUUGAGCUGUCUGGAGGUGCACGAAUUCAUUACAUUUUUCAAUCCAUUUUUGUGAGGAGCUUGGAGGAGGUGGAUCCAUGUGAAGGUUUGACUGAUGACGAUAUUCGCACAGCCAUACAGAAUGCAACUGGACCUAAAUCAGCACUGUUUGUUCCAGAUGUCCCAUUUGAAGUUCUUGUACGCAGGCAGAUAUCUCGACUAUUGGAUCCUGCUCUUCAGUGCGCUAGGUUUAUAUAUGAUGAGUUAAUUAAGGUCAGCCAUCGCUGUAUGGUGACUGAAUUGCAGCGAUUCCCUUUCUUGAGAAAGUACAUGGAUGAAGUUAUUGGGAACUUCUUACGAGAAGGCCUUGAACCCUCGGAGACUAUGAUAACACACAUGAUAGAAAUGGAGAUGGACUACAUAAACACUUCCCACCCAAAUUUUAUUGGUGGAAGUAAGGCAAUAGAAGCUGCAGUGCAACAGACCAAGUCUUCUAGAGUUGCUUUACCAGUUUCUAGGGUGAAGGAUGUGUUGGAGUCUGAUAAGGGACUGGCUUCUGAUAGAAGUGGGAAGUCUCGAUCUAUUCUUGCAAGACAUGCAAAUGGAGUAGUAGCUGAUCAGAAACAGGGUGUUCGUGCUGCAUCAGAAAUUGAAAAAGUAGCAACCUCUGGAAGCACUGGUGGAUCAAGUUGGGGGAUCUCAUCCAUUUUUGGUGGAGGUGAUAAUCGUGUGUCUGUGAAGGAAAAUACAGCUAGUAAACCACAUACUGAACCAGUCCAGAAUAUGCAGUCAAUCUCUACAAUUCAUUUGAGAGAGCCUCCUACUGUCUUGAGGCCAUUGGAGAGCAGUUCAGAGACAGAAGCUGUUGAAAUCAUAGUAACAAAGUUGCUUUUGAAGUCAUACUAUGACAUUGUCAGAAAAAAUGUUGAGGAUCUUGUCCCGAAAGCAAUUAUGCACUUUUUGGUAAAUAAUACAAAGAGAGAUCUUCACAACGUCUUCAUUGAAAAACUAUACAGAGAGGAUCUUUUUGAGGAGAUGUUGCAAGAACCUGAUGAGGUAGCCAUGAAAAGGAAACACUGCCGAGAACUGCUCCGAGCUUAUCAACAGGCUUUUAAAGAUUUGGACGAACUGCCUCUUGAAGCAGAGACAGUUGAAAGGGGAUACAGUUUGUCUGAAACUACUGCUGGCUUGCCUAAAGUUCGAGGAUUGCCAACUUCAUCUAUGUAUUCUACUGGCAGUUCAGAAGACUUUUAUGCAGCUUCUCCCAAGAAUUCAAAAUCUAAAAAGUCUUUACAUUCUGGGGAACUUCAAUCACCAUUGCAUGCUAAUACAGAUUCAAAUGGAAAUGGAGGGCCAUACUCGUCAGGUUUUAAUUCCAUGGCUGAUGAAUGAGCUAGCUUAUUGUGCUUGUUAGUCCAAGGAAUUUUGACUCGGCGUUUUAUUUAGUUGUUUAUGCUUAUGCAAUUUUUGAGGUUUGGAACUCCUCCCAGAGCUGGACUGCAUUCAAUUACUAUUUUCCAUCAAAAUGGUCCCGACUCCUGAGUGUUGGCCAAUCUUUUCUUUAUCUAAGUUCCCUUUUGUUCUCAUACAGCCUUUGCGUUAUUUACCAAGGCUCUGGAAAGAAUAACAGGAGCAGAUGAUUUAUCUAAGUUACCAUUUUUGUCUUGGUGGUUAGUCAGAUAUUGUUCAUAGCAAUUUCUAUGUUGAUGCAGUUUCAGUUUUGUGCACCGCAAUGAUUAGCAAGUUGGCUAUAUGAAACAGCUAGAAAUGGAUGGCAAUAAUGAUUUUUUGCUCUCCCCUAAAUGAAUUCGUUCUUCGUACCAUGGGUAUGUAUGAGACUUCUUAAUACUACUAGUUCACAUAUUAGGACGAGUGAAAACUAAUGUUAUAGGUGAUUAGUUAGUUGUGGUGGUUGAGAUUUGUUUGUUGGUUGUUAUUUACUAGUUCAAUAAGCUCUAUAAAUAGAACAUGUUUCACACUCAUUUGUGUCU